AUGAAGUUCUCCAUUCUCAAGGGUGCAGUGGCCGCUCUUGCCGUCUGCAGCGACGUCGUCCUGUCUCAGCUUACGGCCACCCAGAUCGUCCGCAAUAUUGAGCAGCUCGAGUUGAUUUCACUUGACCUGAAAGCACCGGCCACCUUUGUCGAUUAUUUAACCCAAGCCCAGCUUAUAACCCUUGGACAUAGUAAUUUCGAUAGCAUAUCUGGUUACCUUGCCAAGAUUUCACAGGUGGCCAAGAUGACCGUCGACGAGAUGCAAGGCAUGGAAACCAUACCUCCGGGCGCCGAAGCGGACGCUAUACUCGACGCCUUUCGUGACUUUGCAAAGGCGCACACAACCUAUUUUCUAAGCAUGUCCAAGGCGCCAGCAGGUGUCCGGCUUCUGUUGGCUGGUAUUAUGCCUAUGGAUAAUCUUCUCAAGGCCGACGAGUCCAGCAUUGACUCCCUCGUGUUGAAGCUCAUGGAAACCAUCCCAACAGGCACUGGCGAGUUGAAGUCGUAUGCAGACAACAUCAGUGGACAGCGAAAGAUUGCAAUAAAAGCAUGGGAUCUCAACUUGGCUCAAAAGCGCAGCUUCGGCCGCGCCGCCUUCCGCCAAGCUCUGCGUGUCUAG